GCAUGUACGUCAUCACAUCGCGUCUUUGACACAAAUGGCAUGCAGUUUAAGCUAAACCCGCAUGAGUUUUGUAAACAUUUCGCCUUUCCUGGCAAGAUUUAACUAACAUGGCCCCGACAGAUCAAAAAAUGAAGGAUAAGAAGUUUGUUGCGAAAGGUGGUAACUGGAAGAAACCACAAAAUACAGCUCAUGGUGUCAAGAAGAGGAAAUGGGUCCCCGAGAACAAACUAUUUGAAGGCAGUGUUAAAGAAGGACAGGGUUUUGCUUUAAAAAGAAAGGAAAAAGUCAAACAUGAGUACAACAAAUUGCUGCGUAAGGAGAGAAAGAUGAUCCCUGCAUCCAACGCUCUCUACAAGGAGGAGUACCCCGAACACCUCCGGCAUCUAUACAUGGCUGAGGCAGAAAAACUAAGGGACGAAGCCUGGACCAAUAGACUUAACAGGACUAAGCUGAGACUGAAAGGGCAGGACAAAAGAGAAGUGACAGGUGGAAAUGAUGAUGAAGAUGAUGAUGCUGCUGCUGCUAAGGCUGAAGCUGCUGACCCAGUGACAGAAGCUACUGGUGGAUCCGAGCAGACAGAUUCUGGACCUGGGAACUCUGAACCAACAGCGUCUCCAGAGAAAGACGGUCUUCCAAUGAGCAACCGCAUGAAGAAAAAAAUGCUGAAAAAGACGUCCUACCAGAAGACAAAAGAGGAGUUUGAGACAAUGGAAGAAAAACGGCAAAAGAAGAAAGAGGAGUUCCUGACAAACAAGCAGCAGAGAGAUGAAGCCAUAAAGAAGUACAAACAGAAAAAGGAGGAGACUUUUCAGAUAAUCAGCAAAAAGACCAAAAAAGGACAGCCCAAUCUGAAUUUACAAAUGGAGUAUUUGCUUCAAAAGAUCACUCAAGGAUCUGGGAAAUGAGUCAGAGAUAUCGAUGAAGAAUGAAUGGGACCUUGCCUGUAUUUGAUUGCGCUAUUUAAAAAAAGUUCUAAAAGAUUUCCUGAGGACAACCAGGAUUGAAAUCUUUACACACAGAUGUCGUUUCAGUGCUGAUUUAUAUAGAGUGGUGAUCUCAAACGAGUUUUCUGUAUUCAGUCUCUUUUUACUAAAAUUCUGUGUUUCAUUUUUAAUAUCAGACCACAAGAUGGCAUUGUAAAACAUGAGGAGAUGGAGAAACGUGCUUAUGUAAGAUAUUUUCAAACAAUAAAUGUUUUUUCCUUCUGUAACGGGCGGUUAAUUUCAAACAUGGCAAAGACAUUUCAGUCGUAUUACCAUGACAUGUAACAUAAUCAUUCAUUUUGCUUUAAUCUUAAAAAUUGUCAAUCUUUAUUCAACUUUAGUAAGCUUUUACAGUAGUAAUAAAACCUUGUAUAUAAACAAUGA